CAUCACGCCCCGGCCGCCGUUCCGCCCGGGGACGCCAGGCCGGAGCACCAGGAGCCUCUCGGACUCGCCCUGCCGCGUGUGCGCGCCGUGACCCGGAAGCAGUUCCGGAAGCAGUUCCGGAGUCAGCGCCGGCAGGAUGGCGGCCGACACGCAGGUUUCGGAGACACUAAAGCGUUUUGCAGGGAAGGUGACAACAGCCAGUGUGAAGGAGCGCAGAGAAAUCCUCAGUGAGCUGGGGAGGUGUGUUUCUGGAAAAGAACUGCCUGAGGGAGCAGUGAAAGGGCUCUGCAAAUUAUUCUGCUUGACGCUGCACCGAUACAGAGAUGCGGCCUCCCGUAGGGCCUUACAGGCCGCUAUACAUCAGCUGGCUGAAGCCCAGCCAGAGGCCACUGCCAAGAACCUUCUGCACUCUCUGCAGUCUUCAGGCAUUGGUUCCAAAUCGGGCGUCCCCAGUAAGAGCAGUGGCUCGGCGGCCUUGCUGGCCCUGGCCUGGACCUGCCUUCUGGUGCGCAUCGUUUUCCCCUCGAGAGCCAAGAGGCAAGGAGACAUCUGGAACAAAUUGGUGGAGGUGCAGUGCCUGCUCCUGUUGGAAGUGCUGGGCGGCUCCCACAAGCAUGCCGUGGAUGGUGCUGUGAAGAAGCUCACCAGGCUGUGGAAAGAGAACCCAGGUCUGGUUGAACAGUACCUGUCAGCCAUUCUCAGCCUGGAACCCAACCAGAAUUAUGCAGCCAUGUUGGGGCUCCUGGUGCACUUCUGCACAGGCCACAAGGAGAUGGAUGUAGUCAACCAACACAAGAGCGCCCUGCUGGACUUCUACGUCAAGAACAUCUUGAUGAGCAAAGUAAAGCCUCAGAAGUAUCUUUUGGAUAACUGUGCCCCUCUGCUCCGGUACAUGUCCCACUCAGAAUUUAAGGAUCUGAUACUGCCUACCAUUCAGAAGUCCUUACUGAGGAGUCCAGAGAAUGUCAUUGAAACCAUCUCUAGUCUGCUGGCAUCGGUGACUCUUGAUCUCAGCCAGUACGCCCCGGACAUCGUGAAAGGACUGGCUGGUCAGCUGAAAUCCAACAGUCCCCGCCUGAUGGAUGAAGCCGUGCUGGCCCUGCGGAACCUGGCCCACCAGUGCAGUGACUCUUCGGCCAUGGAAGCCCUGACCAGGCACCUGUUUGCCAUCCUUGGGGGCUCGGAGGGAAAACUAACGAUUGUAGCCCAGAAGAUCAGUGUCCUCUCAGGGAUCGGGAGUGUCAGUCAUCACGUGGUGUCGGGGCCGUCUAGUCAGGUCCUGAGCGGAACUGUGGUGGAGCUGUUUAUCCCAUUCCUCCAGCAAGAAGUUCACGAAGGCACCUUGGUGCAUGCCGUCUCUGUCCUGGCCCUCUGGUGUAAUCGCUUCACCACAGAAGUGCCCAAGAAGCUCACUGAGUGGUUCAAGAAAGCCUUCAGCCUUAAAACCUCCACCUCAGCAGUGAGGCAUGCCUACCUGCAGUGCAUGCUGGGCUGCUUCCGAGGUGACACACUCUUGCAGGCCCUGGACUUAUUGCCUUUGCUCAUGCAGACAGUGGAGAAGGCAGCUUCCCAGAGCACUCAGGUUCCCAUGGUCACCGAAGGGGUUGCUGCAGCAUUGCUGCUCUCGAAGCUCUCUGUGGCUGACUCACAGGCUGAGGCCAAACUGAACAACUUCUGGCAGCUGAUUGUGGAUGAGAAGAAGCAGAUUUUCACUUCUGAGAAAUUCCUACUUGUAGCUUCGGAGGAUGCCCUGUGCACCGUGCUGCAUCUGACAGAGAGACUUUUCCUUGACCAGCUACACAGACUCACAGGCAGCAGAGUGCAGCAGUACUACCGGGCUCUGGUGGCUGUGCUCCUGAGCCGUACCUGGCACGUGCGCAAGCAGGCCCAGCAGACAGUCCGGAAGCUGCUGUCCUCUCUGGGGGGCUUCAAGCUGGCCUAUGGACUUCUGGAGGAGCUGAAGGCUGUCCUGAGUUCUCACAAGGUGCUGCCCUUAGAUGCUGUUGUGAAUGAUGCUGGGGAGAUGAUAGAGGCUGGCAAGGCCUUUGUGCCCCCUCGGGUCCUGCAGGAGGCCCUGUGCAUUAUCUCUGGGGUGCCAGGGCUGGAGGGGGACGUCACCAACACUGAACAGCUGGCCCAGGAGAUGCUCAUCAUCUCCCAUCACCCAUCCUUAGUGGCUAUGCAGUCUGGACUCUGGCCAACGCUUCUCGCCAGGAUGAAGAUCAGUCCUGAGGCUUUCAUCACCAGACACCUGGAUCAGAUCAUUCCUCGGAUCACCACCCAGAGUCCCUUGAACCAGUCCUCCAUGAACGCCAUGGGCUCUCUGUCCCUCCUGUCUCCGGACCGGGUCCUUCCCCAGCUCAUCAACACCAUCACCGCCUCCGUGCAGAACCCUGCACUGUGCCAGGUGACCCGAGAGGAGUUUGCCAUCAUGCAGACCCCUGCUGGGGAGCUAUAUGACAAGUCCAUCAUCCAGAGUGCCCAACAGGACAGCAUAAAAAAGGCCAACAUGAAGCGCGAGAACAAAGCUUAUUCCUUCAAAGAGCAGAUCAUCGAGCUAGAGCUGAAGGAGGAGAUAAAGAAGAAGAAAGGCAUCAAAGAGGAGGUGCAGCUGACCAGCAAGCAGAAGGAGAUGCUGCAGGCCCAGCUUGACAAGGAGGCACAGAUCCGGAGGCGGCUCCAGGAGCUGGACAGCGAGCUGGAAGCGGCACUCGGACUGCUGGACACCAUCCUGGCCAGGAACCCGGUCGGCCUGACCCAGUACAUCCCUGUCCUGGUCGACUCUUUUCUGCCUUUGCUGAAGUCUCCCCUGGCUGCCCCCAGGAUCAAGAACCCUUUCCUGUCCUUGGCCACCUGUGUCAUGCCCCCGAGGCUCAAGGCUUUGGGGACUUUGGUGAGCCAUGUGACCCUGCGUCUGCUGAAGCCAGAGUGUGCCCUGGAUAAGUCCUGGUGCCAGGAAGACCUGACGGCAGCUGUGAAGAGAGCAGCCACCUUACUGCACAGUCAUACCGUCGCCGGCCGGGGAGGCAAGGGAGAGCCAGAUGCCGGGCCGCUCUCUGCACCAGCCUUCUCCUUAGUUUUCCCCUUCCUGAAGAUGGUGCUGACUGAGAUGCCCCACCACAGUGAGGAAGAUGAAGAGCGAAUAGCCCAGGUUCUUCAGAUCCUUACUGUCCAUGCCCAGCUGAGGGCCUCCUCCACCAUCCUGUCUGGGCAUGUGGACGAGAACGGUCCAGAGCUGCUGCCUCGAGUCGCCAUGCUGCGCCUCCUGACGUGGGUCAUCGGCACGGGCUCGCCCCGCCUGCAGGUUCUGGCUUCAGACACCUUGACCGCCCUGUGCGCCAGCAGCAGCGGCAAGGAUGGCUGUGCCUUCGCUGAGCAGGAGGAGGUGGAUGUGCUGCUCUGUGCCUUGCUGUCCCCGUGUGCCAGCGUGCGGGACACUGCGCUCCGGGGGCUGAUGGAACUCCACAUGGUGUUGCCGAUGCCUGAUACCGAUGAGAAGAAUGGCCUGAACCUUUUGCGCCGGCUCUGGGUGGUCAAGUUUGACAGGGAGGAGGAAAUCCAGAGGCUGGCUGAGAGGCUGUGGUCAACCAUGGGCUUGGGCCUACAGCCAGACCUCUGCUCCUUGCUGAUCGAUGAUGUCAUCUAUCAUGAGGCCGCUGUGAGGCAGGCCGGGGCAGAAGCUCUCUCCCAGGCAGUGGCACGUUACCAGCGGCAGGCGGCAGAGGUCAUGGGCAGGCUCAUGGAGAUCUACCAGGAGAAGCUCUAUCGACCACCCCCAGUGCUGGAUGCUUUGGGACGAGUUAUCUCAGAAUCACCUCCAGAUCAGUGGGAAGCCAGGUGUGGCUUGGCUUUGGCCCUGAACAAACUCUCCCAGUGUUUGGACAGCUCGCAGGUGAAGCCACUCUUUCAGUUUUUUGUCCCUGAUGCCCUCAAUGACCGAAAUCCAGAUGUCCGGAAGUGUAUGUUAGAUGCAGCUCUUGCCACACUCAAUGCCCAUGGAAAGGAGAAUGUCAACUCAUUGCUGCCAGUGUUCGAGGAGUUCCUGAAGAACGCACCUAACGAUGCCAGCUAUGAUGCUGUGCGGCAGAGUGUGGUGGUCCUCAUGGGCUCUCUGGCUAAGCACCUGGACAAGAGUGACCCCAAAGUGAAGCCCAUCGUCGCCAAGCUCAUCGCUGCCCUCUCCACUCCUUCCCAGCAGGUCCAGGAAUCUGUAGCCAGCUGCUUGCCGCCCCUGGUGCCAGCCAUCAAGGAGGAUGCUGGCGGGAUGAUCCAGAGGCUGAUGCAGCAGCUGCUGGAGUCAGACAAGUACGCCGAGCGCAAAGGGGCUGCCUACGGGCUGGCCGGGCUGGUGAAGGGCCUGGGCAUCCUCUCACUGAAGCAGCAGGAGAUGAUGGCGGCGCUGACAGAUGCCAUCCAGGAUAAGAAGAACUUCCGUCGGCGAGAGGGAGCGCUCUUUGCCUUCGAGAUGCUCUGCACCAUGCUGGGGAAGCUCUUUGAGCCCUACGUGGUUCAUGUGCUACCCCACCUGCUGCUGUGCUUUGGGGAUGGAAACCAGUACGUGCGGGAGGCCGCAGAUGAUUGUGCCAAGGCUGUGAUGAGCAACCUGAGUGCUCAUGGGGUGAAGUUGGUGCUCCCCUCUUUACUGGCAGCCCUGGAGGAGGAAUCCUGGAGGACCAAAGCUGGGUCGGUGGAGCUGCUCGGGGCAAUGGCGUACUGUGCUCCCAAGCAGCUGUCGUCCUGCCUGCCCAACAUCGUGCCUAAGCUCACAGAGGUGCUGACCGACUCCCAUGUCAAAGUGCAGAAGGCUGGACAGCAGGCGCUCAGGCAAAUCGGCUCAGUCAUCAGGAACCCGGAGAUCCUGGCCAUUGCCCCGGUCCUGCUGGAUGCCCUGACUGACCCCUCCAGAAAGACCCAGAAGUGUCUGCAGACCCUACUGGACACCAAGUUUGUCCACUUCAUCGAUGCCCCCUCCCUAGCCCUCAUCAUGCCCAUUGUUCAGAGAGCCUUCCAGGACCGGUCCACCGACACUCGAAAAAUGGCUGCCCAGAUUAUCGGCAACAUGUACUCGCUGACGGACCAGAAGGACUUGGCUCCCUACCUGCCAAGUGUCACACCUGGCCUGAAAGCCUCUCUUUUGGACCCAGUACCUGAGGUGCGGACGGUGUCUGCAAAGGCCCUGGGGGCCAUGGUGAAGGGCAUGGGGGAGUCGUGCUUUGAGGACUUGCUGCCAUGGCUGAUGGAGACGCUGACAUAUGAGCAGAGUUCAGUGGACCGUUCUGGUGCUGCACAAGGGUUGGCCGAAGUCAUGGCUGGCCUCGGUGUAGAGAAGCUGGAGAAGUUGAUGCCUGAAAUUGUGGCGACAGCAAGCAAAGUAGACAUUGCACCUCAUGUCCGGGAUGGCUAUAUCAUGAUGUUCAACUACCUGCCCAUCACUUUUGGGGAUAAGUUCACUCCAUACGUGGGACCCAUCAUCCCUUGCAUCCUCAAGGCUCUUGCUGAUGAGAAUGAGUUUGUGCGGGACACAGCCCUGCGUGCAGGCCAGAGAGUCAUCUCCAUGUAUGCUGAGACGGCCAUUGCCCUGCUGCUGCCCCAGCUGGAGCAAGGACUCUUUGAUGACCUCUGGAGAAUAAGGUUCAGCUCUGUCCAGCUCCUUGGGGAUCUCCUGUUCCACAUCUCAGGAGUCACUGGGAAGAUGACCACAGAAACUGCAUCAGAAGAUGAUAACUUUGGGACUGCCCAGUCCAAUAAGGCCAUCAUCACUGCCCUGGGGGUAGAUCGCCGGAACCGUGUAUUAGCUGGGCUGUACAUGGGCCGCUCAGACACCCAGCUGGUUGUGAGGCAAGCAUCCCUGCAUGUCUGGAAGAUCGUGGUCUCCAAUACCCCCCGGACCUUGCGUGAGAUCCUACCCACCCUCUUCGGGCUUCUGCUGGGCUUCCUGGCCAGCACAUGCGCAGAUAAGAGAACAAUUGCAGCAAGGACACUGGGCGAUCUGGUCCGGAAAUUAGGAGAGAAAAUCCUCCCCGAGAUCAUCCCCAUCCUUGAGGAAGGGCUUCGGUCUCAGAAGAGUGAUGAGAGGCAGGGUGUGUGCGUCGGGCUAAGCGAGAUCAUGAAGUCCACUGGCCGGGAUGCUGUGCUGUAUUUCUCUGAAUCCCUUGUGCCCACGGCGAGGAAGGCUUUGUGCGACCCCCUGGAGGAGGUCCGGGAGGCGGCUGCCAAGACCUUUGAGCAGCUGCACUCCACCAUUGGCCACCAAGCUCUGGAGGACAUUCUUCCAUUUUUAUUGAAGCAGCUGGAAGAGGAGGAGGUGUCAGAGUUUGCCCUGGAUGGUCUGAAGCAGGUUAUGGCCAUCAAGAGCCGUGUGGUGCUGCCCUACCUUGUGCCCAAGCUAACAACACCCCCUGUCAACACCCGGGUGCUGGCUUUCCUCUCAUCUGUGGCAGGUGAUGCCCUGACACGUCACCUGGGGGUGAUCCUGCCAGCGGUCAUGUUGGCCUUGAAGGAGAAGCUUGGGACUCCUGAGGAGCAGCUGGAGAUGGCCAACUGCCAGGCUGUAAUCCUCUCAGUUGAGGACGACACCGGGCACCGGAUCAUCAUUGAGGAUCUGCUGGAAGCCACUAGAAGCCCUGAGGUGGGCAUGAGGCAGGCGGCUGCCAUCAUCCUCAACAUCUACUGCUCGCGUUCUAAGGCCGACUACACCAGCCAUCUGCGGAGCCUGGUCUCGGGCCUGAUCCGCCUCUUCAACGACACCAGCCCCGUGGUUCUGGAGGAGAGCUGGGAUGCUCUGAAUGCCAUCACCAAGAAACUGGAUGCUGGGAACCAGCUGGCGCUGAUCGAUGAACUGCACAAAGAAAUCCGCCUCAUAGGGAAUGAGAGCAAAGGCGAGCAUGUGCCGGGCUUCUGCCUCCCCAAGAAGGGGGUCACCUCCAUCCUGCCAGUGUUGCGGGAGGGGGUCCUGACCGGCAGCCCAGAACAGAAAGAGGAAGCAGCCAAGGCGCUAGGCUUGCUGAUCCGCCUGACCUCAGCGGACGCCCUGAGGCCCUCCGUGGUCAGCAUCACAGGCCCUCUGAUUCGCAUCCUGGGGGACCGGUUCAGCUGGAACGUGAAGGCAGCGCUGCUGGAGACACUUAGCCUGCUGCUGGCCAAGGUUGGGAUUGCCCUGAAGCCUUUCCUGCCCCAACUGCAGACCACCUUCACCAAAGCCCUGCAGGACUCCAACCGGGGGGUGCGCCUGAAGGCCGCGGAUGCUCUGGGCAAGCUCAUCUCCAUCCACAUCAAGGUGGACCCCCUCUUCACAGAGCUGCUGAAUGGCAUCCGUGUCAUGGAGGACCCAGGUGUCAGGGACACCAUGCUGCAGGCCCUGCGGUUUGUGAUUCAGGGAGCAGGAGCCAAAGUGGAUGCAGCCAUCCGGAAAAACAUCAUCUCUCUCCUGCUAAGCAUGCUGGGACAUGAUGAGGACAACACCCGCAUCUCCUCAGCCGGAUGCCUGGGGGAGCUGUGUGCCUUCCUGACGGAGGAGGAGCUCAGCGCCAUUCUUCAGCACUGCUUGCUGGCUGACGUCUCAGGCAUUGACUGGAUGGUCCGGCACGGGCGCAGCCUAGCGCUCUCCGUGGCUGUGAACGUAGCUCCCAGCAGGCUCUGCACCGGCAAAUACAGCAGCGACGUGCAAGACAUGAUCCUCAGCAACGCCACGGCAGACAGGAUCCCCAUUGCUGUGAGUGGGGUCCGGGGCAUGGGCUUCCUCAUGAAGCAUCACAUCGAGACGGGAGCCGGCCAGCUGCCAGCCAGACUCUCCAGUCUGUUCAUUAAGUGUCUGCAGAACCCCUCCAGUGACAUCAGGCUGGUGGCCGAGAAGAUGAUCUGGUGGGCCAAUAAGGACCCACUGCCUCCGCUGGACCCCCAGGCCAUCAAGCCCAUCCUGAAGGCUCUUCUGGACAACACCAAGGAUAAAAACACCGUUGUAAGGGCCUACAGUGACCUGGCGAUCGUCAACCUCCUCAAGAUGAGGCAGGGCGAGGAGGUGUUUCAGUCCCUCUCCAAGAUCUUGGAUGUGGCCAGUCUGGAGGUGCUGAACGAGAGCAACCGCAGGUCCCUGAAGAAGCUGGCCAGCCAGACCGACUCCACGGAGCAGGUGGACGACACCAUUCUGACCUGAGAACUAGGACCCGCCGCCCUGGGCUCUGCAACUCUUUGUUCAUUGUUUUCAUUUUCGAAAAUACGUUUGUUCCGAUGGGGAGCUUAGGAGACAGCGUUCCCAGAAAGUAUUUUAAUAUAUCAACAGACCACAGCCAAAGCCUUAAAUCAAACCCACAUACAACUGAAAAUUGCCUCCUCCGACUCACCCUCUUCUUGGGAGAAGAUAGGGGAAGCACGUGUGAAAGUCUCGCUGGGUGUUACAGCUAGCCAGGUGCCCAGCUUCACAUGGCUGGCCAGGAACAAGCAGGCUCGGCCUUCUGGUUUCCUUCCUCCUGUGCAUGAGCCCUGGCACUGCCAGCCUUCUGCCUAGACCCCGAGUGGGACCUGGAGCAGUGGAGACCUGCCUGCUGUGGGCUGUCUUGGCUUGGCUUUUCAGUGUUGCGCGCCCUGAUAGGAUCUGACCCCUGUGAAGCACAGCCCCCGGCAGUUGACACAAAGUCCGAGAGGGGUAAGGUUUACAUGCAGGCUGUUAGAAGGAGGAAUGUUGAAUAAAGGCUUUGAUUUCAUCAUAA